AUUCAAGGCAAGACUUGUAGCGCGGGGGGACAUGCAGAGGGCUUCGAUUGAUUUUGGAGGAUUGUUUGCACCCACCGUAUCAGUGUCCAGUGUGCGCUUGUUGGCAGCACUAGCAUGCGAGCAGAAUCUUGACUUCUGCCAUUUCGAUAUUCAGCAGGCUUUUGUGCAGUCUGAGGUUGAUGAGGAUGUUUUCAUGCGCUUACCGCAGGGGUGUGGUAGGUUAUCUGGCCUGAUCGUGAAGCUGUGCAAGAGUCUGUAUGGCUUGAAGCAGGCAUCACGACAUUGGCAUGCGCACCUGACGAGGUGUUUGUUACUAUUAGGUUUUUUGCAGUGUCUGGCGGAUGCAUGUGAUUUUCGAUUGAUGGAGGAGGGACAUGUGAUCAUGAUCAUUGUGGUCCACGUGGAUCACAAUUUUGCCGUAGGGCAGAAGGAAAGGUGUGACAAGUUUGGCAGGGAUCUCAUCGAGAUGGUCCCCGUGAAGAACCUUGGAGAGUUGAGGUGGUUUGCCGAAGAGCUGGCUGCAGAGUAUGGCGUUGAGUGGGGGCAGAGUGUGCCUCUGCCUGUGAGCGUAAAGCUCUCCGACUUUGACGUGAAUGAAAAGAGUGCUGAUGUCCCUUUUCGCGAGUUGGUAGGAUCUCUGAUGUGGUUGGCCACUCAAACACGGCCGGACAUUGCGAAUGUAGUUCGAGCAGUAGCGCGGUAUUGCGCGUCUCCCAAGAUGAUGCACUGGAAGGCAGCACUCGGUAUUUUAGGAUACGUAUGCAGGACGAGUUGGAUGGGGAUUACAUUUGAGAGGGGCGUCGUGACAGGUUUGAGCAUGCAGGUGUUUGUUGAUGCCGACUAUGCAACCAAGGCGGCAGACCGGAGGUUGGUGUCUGGGGGGCUGGUGGUGUGUGUGGGGGGGCGGUGUGACUUGGUUUUCACGAACGCAGAAGUGCGUUACGCUUUCCACCACGGAAGCAGAGUAUGUGGCAAUUACCGACGUCUUGAAGGAAGUGUUGUUCUUGAGGCAGGUGUGGCGUUUGAUGUUGCCAGAUGCGAAUUGCCGUUCAUCCCGGUGUUCGAGGAUAAUCAGGGAGCGAUUCAGAUUGCGCACAACCCGAUCACGAACUCCAACUCGAAGCACAUCGAUGUACGGCAUCACUUUAUCAGGGAGCUGGUAGAGAGGAAAGAGAUAUCAAUUACUCAUGUGCCGACGCAAUUUCAGCAUGCAGAUUCCUUGACGAAGGCUAUUAGCAAGGAGUCUUUUGCGUUGCACCGUGACUUUGUGAUGAACUAG